AUGCGGUGGCGGCUCCCACAUGAAGUGGAGGAGGUCUCCACGCCCACGCGCUAUCACGCCCACUCGUCGGGGGUGCUGCGGCCGGGCCGGCGCGCAGGCGGGACCGUCCAGGGCGGCUGGCCGCGCUCGGGCACCAGCACCGGGGCGCAGAGGGGCUGCUCGUGCGGGCAGGGGCAUCGGGGCCGCGCCGGCCGAGAGGGGCCGCCCCCGGGACACCGCGUCCCCAGGAGGGCAGCUCCCGAGGAGGGCUGCGUCCCCCCGGGUGAAGACCCGGGCUGGCGGGCCCUGGCUCCACAGACCCGACGGCUGGCGCGCUGCGCACGCGCGGCCCGGACGCGGGCGCCCCCACACCACCGUGCACCGCCUGAGUCGUCGGCUGGGCUGCGCCCGCGCAGGGCGCCGCUGCCUCUGCGCAUGUCACAGGGAGGCCGCCGCGGCGCAGAGGGGACCCAGCGCCCCGGGGCGGCCGCGACGCCGCGGGUCGCCGCCUGGAGAGGCCGGGGGGCGCCCAGGUCGACGCCGAACGACAAGGGCUCGCGCUUCAACGCCGAGGGCCCGGAGGGGCGUCCCCGCGCAGUGGCCCCACACGCCCGGCACCCGCGCCUGUCCGCGGGGCCGUCCCCAGGGAGCGGACGGCGCGGGGCAUCCUUCACGGGGGUCUCGGUCACGGCCCCGCCCGCCGUCGACACGGCCUCCGCGCCCGCCUCCUGGGCCGCUCGCCGCGGCGGGCGGCCGCCCCUCACACCCCCCUCACGCGACUUUCCCCCGUCUGGGGCAGCGCACCGGCUUCCCUCAGACCCUGCAGUCCCUGGGUGCGCGUGCGCGCGCCGGCCGGCAAGGCUGCGCCUGCGCACAGCCGGCCGCUCCUCGGGGGCCCCGCCCUGGCCAAACCGAACCCCGCGAUACCUCGCCCCUCCCGCAGGCCCGCCGCCCCGCCGCCCCAACGGCUCCGCCGACCUGGAACGUUCUAAACCCCUGCGCACGCUCUCCGCGGCCCUGGCGCCGCUCUCCCUUGGCUACGCCCCUUCCCCUCAGGAAGCUCCCCGCCUCCACGCCAUGCCAAUCAUCCAUUUCUUCCCUCGGGCAACGUCGCAACAGGCCUCUGAUUGGCUGAUCCUGGGUGGGAGCGCCGCGGAUGGGCGGCGACGAUAG